GCCGAAACACGUGUGGAAAAUAGUUGCUGCACAUUUGACAUAUUUUCUCGGUGUUUAGAGCAAUUUAAAAUGACAACGUCAUUGGCUCAACAACUACAAAAGUUAGCGGCACCCCAGACGUCGGGAGUGCUCGCGGAUGCACGCAGUCGUGCCUCGAUAUUGUUUGAUCCCAAGGAGGCGGCGACCAAGGACAGGCGAGCAAUCUAUGAAAUUGGAGUCAGCGGAUUGCAGGAGCUGACGGCAUUCAAUCCGACCUUCAAGGAAUUCCAGCUGACGCUCUUCGACGAGGCGACACUCACCCUGGAACGGGCCGUCGAGGAUGCGGAGGUCAAUAAGCUGCUCGAUGCAUCGAUAUCGAAGUUCCUGCGUUUGCUAUCGCCUUAUUUCAUGCUGCGUCCGGCGCACAUGUGCUUCGAGUGGCUGCUGCGCCGCUUCCAGGUGCACGAGUACAACCGGGAGCAGGUGAUGGCACUGAUAUUGCCCUACCAUGAGACGAACACAUUUGUCCAGGUGCUGCAAACGAUGCGACUGCGUCAAUCCGACGAGGAUUGGUUCUGGCUACGCAAACUGCAGCGACCCGGAGUACCCCUAUCGAAGACAGCUAUCGUUAAUCGCGCCGCCAGCGUGCCCUCCUUCCUUAGCUUCAUAUGCCGCAGCACCCAUCGGGCGGUCAAGGAACUGGGUCCACGUGCUCAUCAACUGCAGGCGCAGCUCAAUUUCUAUGCCACCGUCGUGGUUGGCGCCUUGCAGGCUGCGAAACCUGUACAGGAUUGGCACAUCUCCACCAUUCUGGAGUCCCUGAUCCGUGGCCUCGCCUCCGACACUGUGGACUUUGUGGCAGCUGCCUAUGUGAUCGUGGCACAGCUCGUCUCGCGCACCAAGCUCAAGGAGAAGGUCUGCAAUGUGCUCCUGGAGCGUGUGGCCAACUGCACCUUCGAGCGCCUGCACAACACAUCGCUCCUGCUGCUCUUCUGGAUCCACGACAAGCAGCAGUCGGCUAAUCCUCAGUUUACGGCCAAGACAAUGUUGAAUUUGGUCUGCCAGAAGUGGCUGAUCACCGCUCUGGCGGAUCUGGCCAAGGAGAAUGUGGCUAUCCAGGUCAUUUGUAUGCCACUGAUGCGGGGCUCAGUUGCUGCCAUUCGCGAGGGAGACGCCUCUUCAGUCUCACAUCAGCAGUUCCUGGACAAUCUUCUAGCCGAUGUUCCCUUCUCAAAAUCAAGCGCCCAGCAAUUGAUCAAUUGUUUCCUGGACACGUUUGUGGCCUUGGAAUCGGAGAGUUCUCCUUCGCCCAUGGAAAUCUCCACAAAUGAUGAUGGCGAGGACACAAUUGUCAUCGAUUCCGAUGAUGAUGAUGAAAUGCAGCCUGCAAAAACGGAUUUUCAAUCCUGGUACACCGAUUUCCUUGCGAAGCUGGAGCGUCGUUAUCCCGAGGCUUUUGAUCUGAGUGUCAAGGCGGCUUUGAGUGCCAAGUCCAAUUCCAGCAAUCGUCGCAAGGCAUUAAAGUUGGCAUUGGGUUUCCGACUGAAUACAACCGAUGAGAAGGCAAAGAAGGCUUAUGAGAAACUCUAUCACUACAGUGAUGACUGGCGUUUGACAGCCGUGCAGCAGUUGCUGCAGAAUCUGAAGAUAGCGAAGAGACGGGAGCGUAGCAAGCAGCUGUUGCAGGAGUGCCUGUCGGAUCGGCUCAAGGAUGAUAGCCCAGCUGUUGUCUCCGCACUCCUCACACUGCCCACCGCUGACUUUGUGGAGAUGCUGGGUGCCACGCCCUUUGCCCAGACACUGUGCGAGUUGUUGCGACGGGCGCAGUCGCAGCGUCAGACCCAAUGGGAUGCGGUGGUGCCACAGGCCGUGCAACAUCUGACAACAGCUGCUGUGAGCGACAGUUAUGAUGUGAACUUGAUGUUGCUCGCCUUGAUGCCAUAUCUAUUUCCAAGUGAUGCACUGAAUGGCAGAGAACAUGCCGCAUUGUUGAUCAUACUCAGUAGCAACUUUGCCAACAAGCUGCCAUUUCUGUUGCGCCUCCAAGUGACAACGGAUCACAGUGCCUUCAAUGUGUGUCAGCAUCGUCAGCAGUUUCUGGACGUGAUUGCCAGCGGCGGGGAGUCGGGACAGCCGGCCCAGCAGCAACAACAAGCGCUGCUCGACAGCGUGGAGCAGAACGGAGGCGUGAGCGAGGCGCCACAAUUGACGCACUUGCUGCUGCUGCUCACGGCGUUUGCGAGACGGGAAUUGACUUCGGCGGAGAGUCUCUACAUGCUGCAACGCAUUGGCGUCUACACUCGAGGCUUUCAGUUUAAGCUCUCAAAGGAGGGAAGUCUCAAGCACAACAAACAUGUGUCGUUGCAGCUGUACGCGGACUUUCUGCAGACACUGUCAAGGAAUACACAGUUCAAGGAUCUAACCACAACAUCCUGGACAGCUCUGACGGAUGAGUUGCACCUUUGCUUGCUCUUGCUUGAAACUCUCUGCAGUCGUGUUUAUGGGGAAAGUUGCAAGAAUGCGGAGCGCACGGAAUGGACACGUGCCCUCAAAGCUUGCCUCAAUCACAUGCUGCCGGAGGCACAACAGAAAUUGGAUUUCCUAUGCAACUUCUAUGUGUACGAGAGUCUGUCGGUUGUGGCAGAUUAUCCGGUGAUGCGUGUGCACGCCUUUCGUCUGUUGCAAGCUGUGCUCCGUUCAUGUGGCAAGCAGCUCAAUUGCAGCUUGAUGCAUGUGCUGCGCAUUGCGAAUGCUUGCAACUCGCCGUUGCAGACGUUGCGGCAAGAGGCACUUGCCACACUGCAACAGUUGCCACUGAAGUCACUCGAGUCGCAUGUGGCACAUUUGGUUGAGUGCCUGCUGCAACGUCAGAGCGAACUGAGCAUGGACAGCGAACAGUACGCAUUGAUACUGCACACCAUCCUGCAGUCGAGCAAAUCGAGUCCUCGCGAGCAACUGCUGCUCUCCAAGCUGAAGAGGAGUCUCCUAUCCCUGAUUUGCGAUGUGGCACAGCCUGCCAUUUGCACCGCCGCCUUGUUGCACGCACUGAAGCACAUGAAUAAUGAGGAAAUGCUGACGGCUUUGCUGCCACUUGGUCUAUCAACGCUGACGAAGAUUGUCAAGGGCGACACGGAUCAGUUGGAGCAACUAACGUGGCCAUAUAGCGACAUCUAUUGUGCGGUCAUUGAACGCUUUGAGGGCGUCGUGGGAUUACGUGUGUUGACGGAGCAGCCGGAGGCGUGGCAACUGAUUGAGGCAAGCUUCAAGCAGCACACAACCUACGUGCAACUGGAGCAGAAGCUGCAGCCGCUGCCUUGUGUGCUCCUCAACGCUGUGACGCCGGAGACCUUUGAACAGUUGCAGGGCAAGCAUAAGGUGGCCUUGUUGCAACUAAUUGUGGUGGCAGCCACUUCAUCGGACAACGAUAGCAUCUUCCUUGCUGCACAUCGUUUGCUCAAACGUUGCACCAUCGAGUGCAAGGAGUUGACCACGAUGCUGUCGCAGAUGUGCAGCCGGAGCACGCGGAAGACUCCAGAACGUCGUCGUGGCGUGGUUAACAGCAAGUUGGACUUGACCUGCGAUGCCUGGAAGCAGGGCAUGACUCUGUUGGAACUGCUGGAGCACAAGAAGCAACUCGUGGGAGCUGAGCUCUUGAUUCCCCCGCUCUUUGAGCUACUCCAGGUAUGCCUGACGCUAGAGGAGCACAGCGCUGCCGAGUAUCCCAAGCAGUUGAUCCUCUCCAGUCUGCUGCACUGCUGCGAUGUCUCUCAAUCGACAGGAGUCGAGCUGUCCAAGGUGCUGCCUGAGAGCUGCUUCCGGAUUGAGCAGGUGGUGCAAUGUCUGCGCAAUACACAGAAUCCACAGACCCAUCAACACGCUCUGCUCUUCCUCACACGCUGUGCUGCACUGUAUCCACAGCAGGUGCUGCACAAGAUCGUGGAGAUAUUCACAUUUGUGGGCUCAACGGUGGCCAGACACGAUGAUGCCUUCAGUCUGCACAUCAUUAAGAAUGUGGUGGAGACCAUUAUACCCACUUUGUUGCUGCAGUCAACGGGCAUCCAAAGGGAUCGUCUGGUUAUUCCCGUGCUCAAGGUCUUUGCGGAUAUAUGCACAGAUGUUCCGGUUCACAGACGCUUAACCCUUUACGAGACACUAUUCAGUGUACUGAGUCCUGGCGAGCAUCUUUGGCAAUUCCUCUGCAUUGUCUUUGAAUCCCAGAUGCUGUUGGAGCAGGCACAACAGACGCCACAAGGCAAGGGAAAAGUGUUGAAGCAAUUGGACAAAACGCGCUUGGAAUUCGCUCGCGAUUUGACAUUGAUGUUUAAGAAACCUUCAAUUAUAUUGGACACGUGCAUCAAUCUUCUGGAUUAUCUGGCCAAAUUGCCGCUGUCGAAGGAGGCACAAGCUGCUACAUCUGGUGGCAACAUCUCCCCGGAGCAGCAGCUCUUUGAUGUGCGCACGCGAAGCUUUAAGCAGUUGCGUCAUUUUAAAUACCUGAUCAUGGAUUUUCUAUCCAGUCUGAGCAGCUCCGUGGAGCUCCAGGAGAAACUGGCCAAUCCCAACGCCCAGCAAUUGAAGCAACUGAAGCCGCUUUAUCAGAACUUUAUACUCAAGACCCUCUCGUAUGUGGGCGUGGUCAACAAUGUGCUGCAAGUGUCCUCCAAUACGCCUUCUCUGGAGAAAUACUGGCGUGUCCUGGCCAAUCAUGUCCAUGAUGUGCUGGACAGUGCAAUUGGCUUGCUGUCGCCGGAGUAUUUCCUCAGUGUGAUCACGGAGUUGUUGCAACACGAACUCAUCCAUGUGCGCAUCAAGGUGUUGGAGUUGUUGGUCACCAAACUGUUGCCACCCAGCGAAUACUUUGCCCACUGCGAGGCCCUUCACUUUGGCAUCCUGUUUGAGCCCUUGGGUGGCAUCGUUGAUGGCAUCCUGGAUGCCACGGGAGGCAGCUCGGCGCAGCAAGCGCAGCUGCAACAGACGGCGUUGCAUGCCCUGCAACUGUUGGCCAAUCGUCAUGGCCGGGAUUACCUUGUGGAAUGUCGCGACUUGUUGGCCAAGCUAACGCGCAUUGCCAAGCGAAGAGCGAAUGUGCCCAAGGCUGUGGUUGGCAAUGUGGUGCUCACUCUUGUCGAGAUCUGUGGCAGCAUCAAGGCUCACGCCUUGGCCCAGCUGCCCAAGUUUGCGCCACAGCUGACGGAGCUGCUCAAGGAGCAAGUGCAGCAGAUGUUGACCCAGAAACAGACGCCAGAUUAUCUGUGCUCCGCUCUUGUGACGGCCAUGCACAAACUCUUCCUGACGCUGCCCCUUUUCCUGGGUCCAUAUCUGGUGGACAUCAUUGGCGCCCUCAUCCGUCUCUCCGUGCAGCUGGAGAAUCCACAGUUGGCGCUGGACAAGCGCACGCAGGCGUUGAAGCUGCGUCUGGUGGACGUGUGGUCGGCGGUGGCAAAGGGCGUGGAGGCGCGCAUCCUGGUGCCGAGCUGUGCCAAGACCUAUGCUAGUUUGCUGGAGGCACAAGCCUACGAUGAGCUGGGCAUGUUGAUGCGACAGUUGCUCCUGCCCUGCAUCAAACACAACGGAAAUGCGGAUCUGCAACCUGUGCAGGAUGCGCUAAGUGAACUCUUCCUGCAGGCACUCGAGUUCCGUCUCCAGAUGCGGGGAAGUGACCUGCAACGUGAGAGGACUGCGGCGAUUGAGGCGGCAACGGGAGAGGCAUUUGUUGCCUGGAUACUGAAGCUAUCGGAGACGAGUUUCCGUCCCAUGUACGCCAAGGUGCACAAGUGGGCAAUGGAGAGGAAUGCCUUGGAAACGGAACUCACCUACUUCCUGCUGACCAAUCGCAUUGCCGGGGCCUUGAAGUCCUUAUUUGUGCUGUUCGCCGGGGAAUUUAUAGAGGAUGCCGCACGCUUGUUGCACGCCCACAACACGCAACGUCCGGAGUUUGUGGAGAGCGAGAAUGUGGAGGAUGCCGUGGAGUUGCUCUCGGCCAUCAUUAGCACCUUGCAUCACGUGUUCCUCCAUUGCAGCAGCGAUUUUGUCAACGAUCAUCGUUUCAGCACAUUGAUGCCACCCAUUGUCGAUCAGCUGGAGAAUCAAUUGGUCUUGGCCACCGAACGUGAUGCACUGCAGCAGGCACUGAGCGAUUGCAUUGCCCAAAUGGCAGCUGCCACCAAUGACGUGCUCUGGAAGCAGCUGAAUCAACAGGUGCUGCUCAAGACUCGCACCAGCUCACCGGAAGUCCGCAUCCUGGCAUUCAACAGCAGCGUCGCCAUCGCCCGCAAACUGGGCGAAAGCUUUGCCCCCCUUCUUCCCGAAACAAUGCCCUUCAUCGCCGAACUCCUGGAGGAUGAACACGAGCGCGUGGAGAAAAAUACUCGCAAUGCUGUCCUGGAACUGGAGACAAUUCUCGGUGAACCCGUGCAGAAAUACCUGUAAAAUCUAUAAUUAUUAUUAUACAACAAAGUUCAAACCAUUUAUAUGAAUAAACAAUCUAAAAAUUA